UACGCCAUACGCUAUAUUUCAGAUUCCCGCGAAAUAUCCUUCCUUCCCACGUGCUAUUUUAUUUUUGGGAAUUUAAUCCCAUCCGCACGUUUCACUCGAUUUGCAAUCAACGGCCAGGAUUUCGCCCCCAAAUCUUCCCUAUAUAUAGCCACGCAGCCCAAUCCCCAAAAUCUCUCGUCAGUUGCACCAGACUUCUGCUCUCUGUUUUUCCUUUUUUUCUCUCUUCUUUCUCCGAUUUGAGUUCUUCGACGAGAUCGCUGUAAUUUGGGGGUUUAAUUUUACGGCGAAUUGGAUUUACAAUGGAUAUGUGUUGGAUUCGCGGUGAGAAAUUAGGGCAUGGAAGUUUUGCGACGGUGAAUUUAGCGAUUCGGACUGGCCGGAGUUGCUCUCCCCUUCCGCCAUUAAUGGCGGUGAAGUCGUGCGCAGCGUCGCAGUCGUGUUCGCUGAUGAAUGAGAAGGUAAUUUUGGAGGAUCUGAAUGGUUGUCCUGAGAUUAUUAGGUGUUUUGGUGAUAGCUUUUCGUUUGAGGGCGGGGAGAAGCUUUAUAACGUGUUGUUGGAGCACGCUUCCGGCGGAUCUAUGGCGGAUAGGCUUAAGAACUCCGGCGAUCGGAGCUUGCCGGAAUCGGAAGUCCGGCGAUACACCAAGGCGUUGCUGAAAGGGCUUGAUUACAUCCACAAAUUCGGAUUCGUUCACUGCGAUUUGAAGCUCCAGAACAUUCUAUUGGGGUCCAAUGGCGGCGUGAAGAUAGCCGAUUUCGGCUUGGCUAAGCGCGCUGGGAGAUGCGCCGCCGGCUCGGGGGGCGAGCUGAGGGGAACGCCGCUGUACAUGUCGCCGGAGGUGGUUUGCGGCGGCGAGAUUGGUUCUCCGGCGGAUAUAUGGGCUUUGGGAUGCGUGGUGGCGGAGUUAGUUAGUGGAUCUCCGGCGUGGAGUUGCUCCGACGUGGCGGCGCUGCUGCUAAGAAUCGGCGCCGGCGAGGAGAUUCCGGCGAUCCCCGCAGUCCUAUCAUCGGACGGCCGAGAUUUUCUCGAAAAAUGCUUUGUGAAGGAUCCGCGGACGAGAUGGACGGCUGAGAUGCUUCUACGUCACCCAUUCGUCUGCGGCGAGGGAUCUGACGGCCGAGAUAUUGACACGUCGGAUUGUUGCGCGGAAUCAGAAACGUCCGCGUCUUCCCCACGGGGUCCUUUCGACUUCCCCGAGUGGUCAUGUUCAAUUGCAUCUUUACCCUUACCGGAAAUUUCCGUACCGUUCUCCGACGAGUCCGUCGUUGUAGAGGCGGCGGAGCGUCUGCAGCGAUUGAUCACAAUCGAGGAUCCUGAUUGGUCCGUCACCGAAGGAUGGGUCACCGUCAGGUGUUUUGCUGAGGCAGAGGCAGAGGCAGUGGGUUCCGAUUGUCAUCGUCGCCGUCCGCCGGCAAAGCUAUCGAUCUUGAUCGUAGCCGCAGCUUUCUUCCUACCGCAAGCUACAUCUCUAAAGAUCGGGGAGACGUGCUCGGCGCAAAACCUGUGCGAUAAAGGGCUGACGUGCGAUGCCUGCCCGGCAAACAACAACACCCGGCCUCGUUGUGUUCGAACAAAACCCAUAAUCCCGACGACUAAGAUCAAAGGGCUUCCCUUCAACAAAUACUCGUGGCUUACGACGCACAACUCGUUCGCGAUGCGACGGGAGACAUCGGGCACCGGCUCCGUUCUUCUCACGUCGACGAAUCAAGAUGACUCGAUUACAGAUCAGCUAAACAAUGGCGUUCGAGGGUUGAUGCUAGACAUGUACGACUUCUUCGACCACGACAUUUGGCUGUGCCAUUCGUUCCACGGAGCUUGUUUGAAUGUCACUUCAUUCGAACCCGCCGUAACGGCAUUGGGAGAAAUCAAAGCGUUUCUCGACCGGAAUCCGACGGAGAUCGUGACGAUCUUCAUCGAGGACUACAUCAAGUCCCCAAAAGGGUUGACGAGAGUGCUGAACGUGUCGGGGCUGAAUCAAUACCGACUCCCGUUGUCCGAAACGCCAAAAGACGGCGAAGACUGGCCUACCGUCGACGACAUGGUUAAGAAGAAUCACCGUCUCAUCGUCUUCACGUCAGUUAAGUCGAAGGAGGCCUCGGAAAAGGUCGCGUACGAAUGGAACUAUGUGGUCGAGAAUCAGUACGGGAACGACGGGAUGAAGAUCAAUUCGUGUCCGCGACGAUUGAAAUCGAACAAAAUGGACGACCGGUCGAGAUCGCUCGUACUCAUGAACUACUUUCGAUCGAACGCGGACGCGUCGCAGGCUUGCGUCGAUAACUCCGUGAACCUGAUGAACAUGACCGAGACGUGCUUCGCAGCGUCGGGAAAUCGCUGGCCGAAUUUCGUUGCCGUCGAUUUCUACAAGAGGAGCGACGGGGGAGGAGCGGCGGCAGCCGUUGAUAAAGCCAACGGACGAACGAUCUGCGGCUGCGACAGCAUCGACUAUUGCAGAGCGGGUGCGGGAUUCGGUGUUUGCGACGUGCCUGUGUUCGCGCCUCCACCGCCAGCUCAGCUUCCGGUGUUAUCAUCGCCGGCGCCGGCGCCUGUGGCUUCUCCGGUGGCUGUAGAAUCGCUUCAUGCCAUGAACAUCGGUUCUCCGAUAAGCACGGCUCGUCGCUCUAUCUUGCUUGCGUUGAUUUUCUUACCUAUGUUUCUCUUUUUAUAAUCGAUGCGCCUCGUUGU